AUGCUCGCUCCAAUCAGGGGCCAGAUCGCCGAGGACAGCGGCUGUUUCCCGCUGCGAAAGGCUAACAGCCCGCCUGCGCUGAGUAGCCUCGACUCGACACUCGACAGUCGCCGUGGCUCCGGGUCCAGGCCGACGACAAGGGGUAGUCCCUCGGAAGACUUCCUGCUCAGCAUCGAGACGCCGCGGACAUCAAGGUGCCAUCCGGGCUGCUUCACACCCGAGGUCCAGGAAAGGCCUGAUGCAGGCUUCCGCCGCCUCCAUAGCAAGGAGCAGCAGGCCGCUGCAUCCCCGAAAGGUCAUGGUCCCAUUCUGGACCGGCCCUGCUCCCGUGCCGGCGUUGACCCCCUCGACCGUCGGGGUGCAUCUUCGGCCCCACCUGCGCUGCCGGCACCCGGCGAGAUGCAGCUGGUCGCCGAUUCCGGCGCAGCCUCGCCGAACUUGUGGCGUCGACUGCAGCCGGAAUUAGCUGAUUCCUUGAAGGUGUUAGGGCGCCCUCACGCAAUUUGGCCAGCAGAUCUUUGCCGGGCUGUUCGGAAGAAGGCGGCGCAGCAUCCUGGGCCCGAGGAAGCCGUUCUGCUGCAAAAAUUGCAGCUCUGUGUCAAGCAGGCCACCGAGUUUGCCUUCAAGCGUGGUAGCUACCAGGUGGAUCGAGCUGAUGGCCCGGGCUAUGAGAGCGUGAACCUCUCGCAGGUCCUUUCGCCGUAUCCGAAUGUGCGCUGGUUCGACGCCAACAGCUCUGCGAUCGAGGGAACGGAUCCUGACUUAGGGAAAGCGGUUCCACCGCCUCUUCUCGUGACGGACUCCUCCUGCUUCGACAUCGUCAGCCACCUCCGGGGGUUCGGACACCUCCACCGCGACAUUUUCGUGGUGACGGAGCUGUUGGAGUUUGACGCCGCAGGGAAUCUGUCCUUCGGCACAACAUCGCUGCGGCCACACUGCGCCCAGCUAAGAACCGACUUCCGCCGGUUCUACACACAAGCAGCAGCGCAGCUGAAGAAGGGCAAGGCAUCUAUGCAGCAAAGCCUCUGCAAUAUGAUGCUUCCCAAAGUCUUCGUAGCCUACGACGUCUCCUGCAUCCGGGGCUCUCAAGGUCAUGGAUACCCCUUUCUUGCGAGUCCGGUGCGUUGCCACAUCAUCGCCACAGCGCUGUGGACGAAUCGACCCUCCUUGCGGAUCGCACGAAGCGAUGCUGGUGACCGAAUCACGGUCUACCAAGAGUCGGACAGUGCGCAGGCCUACCAGCUGCGUCUCGAGCUCCUGGCGCACGCUGCGCUGACUGCAGCAGGUGCAGGGCCGGAAACCUCGGCGGAGUGGAAACCGGCCUUGAUUCUUCCAGUGCUCGGCUUGGGAGGGAACUCUUUCCACCCCGAGGAUGCGGUGGCCCUGGCUUUCAAGUCCUUUCGCCGUCGAUUUACACAGUUCUUCCAUUCAGUCUAUGUCUGUUGCGGAGAUCGCGGGCCGAACUACGCCCUCAGCGAUUUCAUCGAGUCGGCCGUGAACAAAAGUGUUUACAUGAUGGCCCAGAACGACACCUUGGCGGCAAAGGCCCUGCCCUGGCAUUGGGACAAGAGGGAGAUCCAACUCUCCGUGGCCUCGACCCGGCUGGAAAAGAUCGGUCAGGUCUUGAGGCUGGGUCCCCUGUAUGUAGUCGAGAUCCGCGAAGAUGAUCGGCGGGUGCAGGAGCGGCGAAGGAUUGCAGAAAAACAGCAAGUUCACCGCUUUGGAUCGCUGCGCGGCUACCGGCAGAAGCGCCAGAUGGAGGCUGUGGAGGACUUGAUCAAGGCUCAGCGACGUCAGGGCGAUUGGCCGGCCGACCACGUCCAUGUGAAGCUGGGAGGUCUCCGGGAUCACCUCGGGGUCCUGGAAGAGAACGAGGAGCCCAACAUGCGAAUGAAGGUCCAAAAGUCCCUUUCAAGGGCCGAAGAAGAGAUCUCCAGCCCGAGGAAGGGCGAAAACGACUUGGCCUACCUGCAGGAGCUCCUCGUGGCUUCCACGGCUUCCACAAAACAGCGGGCGACGGCCUGGCUGCUGCGACCCGACCAGCUACCCCGGCGGAUGAGUGCAUCCACGAAGACUACGGUGGCGAUCGAAGCAGUGAAGCGCAGUGUGGACACGCGGCGGCGAGCCUCCGUGGAGGACAUCGCAGGGAGCUUGGAUGUCCAAGUGGCCACCUAA